AUGCCAACCAAGCUGAGGAGCUUGGACAAAGCGCUCCCGCUGGUGGGAGCCAAGCUCGCCCAGGUGGAGGCCCUCAGAGAUAAGUGGCCUCCUAGUGGCAACAUGACAGAAAACAUCAACAGAAUCAAGGAACUGGUCCAGGAGACGAGGAGCUAUCUUAACAGGAUCUCCCUCGCCACCCCGUUCAGCGGAAGGGGUCACAUUGAGCUCCGCUCGCCCAGGAACGCCGAAGACAUGAAGGCGCUGACAGCCAUUGAUCUUCUCCUCAGCGUGGAAGAAAGACCCCCAAAGGUUGACCACGGCGGGGGAGACCAAAUGUUUGUUCUCUACCUGGGCAGCAAAGACUCUUCCGGGGACUACAUUGGCAUGGCCAUCAGGCGGAAGGUCUUGCUCUGCGUCUACAAGCUAGGCGGCGUCAUCCACCAGGUGGAGACCAGCCAGAUAAAGACCUCCAACUUUCACCAUGUUGUUUUCCAAAGAGUUUACCAGGAUGCUGAAGUCAACAUCACGGCAGAUUUCAUGUCGCCGUGGCCUCUCCAUCACACCCCCAAACGUUACCGCUCAAACACCUUGAGCGGCAUCCUUCACCUGGAUCCACAACACACUGCCUUCUACGUUGGCGGCUACCCUGAUGAUUUCAAUCCUCCCCUGGAGUUGCGUUUCCCCAAGUACCGAGGCUACAUGAAACUGUCCUACAUCAACGACCAGCCACUGAGUCUUUAUAACUACAAGCACGCCGUCAACAUGGAUUCCGACCUACGCGCUCUAACGUACGUGCCUGCUAAGAAAACUGUGAAAAAAGAAAACUGA